CUCAGGACAGACGUGGGUCACGUGUUGUUUUUGCUGGUCCGUAGAGAUGUGUACUGUGAGAGGGGGAGAGGUAGAUAGGCAGCAGGCUUGCGAGAUUGAUAAUAGAAACGGGCAAAUGCUGUAUGCUAGCCACGUAGCAGUUGUUUCGUGGAGCGAGUGCUGGUGAUAACCUGCAAAAUACAAGAAUAAUAAUUAGAAGGGCGGACGGAGACUCUGUUUGGAAGGAAGAUAUCGUGCUGCAGCUGCACAUUUCCAGCCCAGAAUGGGGUGUGCGUCGAUAACGGUCGUUAAGCUAUAGUGACCUUUAGUAGGGUGUUUAAUUGCGCUAUCUCAUGGAAAAUUUGACAAAUUAUCAAGGAAGCAGUGGCGGUAUGUUGAUGCUGGAGACUCAGCAGCGUGGAAUUGGGACAAAAACAACUACAGUUACGGUAAGCGACACCUCAGCCGGGGAACCCCCAUUGCCUUUAAUUAAUAUCGGCGGCGCUCGCUUGCAGCACCAGCACUCACCACACUCCUCCGUCCAUCACCCCGGACUGCAACCGAAGGAUCAGCAUCAUCACCGCCAGCCCCACCAUUUACCGGAGGAGAAUUUUCAGGAAGAUGCUGUCAGAAAGCGGUCUACAUCUUCGGUAAAUCUGAGUCACGAAGACGCCGUCGCCGCCGGGCAUUCACUUGCUUCCACGGCAGACUCAGCGUUCACCCCCGCCGCUGUUUUUACGGAUGGGGUGGAGGCUGAUAUCUGGAAGUGCGGGUAUCUGAGGAAGCAAAAGCACGGCCACAAGAGGUUCUUCGUGCUGAGGGGCCAGAGUCAUGCAGGGCCCAGCCGCUUGGAGUAUUAUGACAGCGAGAAGAAAUUUCGGAAUAGCCUCCGCUCCGCCGCCGGGGCUGCAAGCGCUGCUCUCACGCCGAAGAGGGUGAUUUAUCUGUACCAGUGUUUCACUGUUAACAAGAGGGCAGAUGCUAAACACAAGUAUCUCAUUGCUCUGUACACUAAGGAUGAAUACUUUGCCAUGGUCGCUGAGAAUGAGCAGGAGCAGACAGACUGGUAUCUAGCCUUGAGCGACCUGAUGAAUGAAGGUAAAAAGCGUCCAGUUGACCCUGACGAACUGGACGACGGCUACGGCGUCGUCCCUCCCAGCGCUGGUUUUAAGGAGGUGUGGCAGGUGAGUGUGAAACCCAAAGGGUUGGGCCAUACAAAGAACCUAACGGGAGUUUACCGCCUGUGCCUGUCUGCAAAGAGCAUGCACCUGGUCAAGCUGAAUUCCGAGAUGCCGUGCGUGAACCUGCAGCUGAUGAACAUCCGCCGCUGCGGCCACUCCGAAAGCUUCUUCUUCAUCGAGGUGGGGCGGUCUUCCUCCACCGGGCCCGGGGAGAUCUGGAUGCAGGUGGAGGACUCGGUGGUGGCGCAGAACAUGCACGAGACCAUCCUGGAGACCAUGAAGGCGCUGAAGGCCUUCGCCGAGUUCCGGCCGCGCAGCAAGAGCCAGUCCUCGGGCUCCAACCCCAUGGCCUUCAUCACCACGCGCCGUCACCUGGGCAACCUCCCGCCCAGCCAGACGGGGCUGCAGCGGCGCUCGCGCACGGAGGCCGCGGCGGGGACCCCGCCCACCAGCAAGAGCGGCGCGGGCAGCGCCUACCGCUUCCGCACGUCCAGCGAGGGGGAGGGCACCAUGAGGCGCCCCUUCCGCUCCGCCACCGGCAGCCUGGCACACGUGGGCUCCGCCCGCGCCGGCCCGGGCCGGCAGGAGGGCAGCGGGGGGCGGUACCCCCGGACGCACCCCGGCCCUUCCUACCACAUGCGCUCCGCCUCCCUCCCCGUCUCCCACUUCCCCUCCACCACCAGCCCGGUGAGCGUGUCCAGCAGCAGCGGGCACGGCUCGGCCUCCGACACGCUCACGCGGCCCUCCAGCUCCUCCGUCUGCGGCUCCCCCAGCGACGGCGGCUUCAACUCCUCCGACGAGUACGGCUCCAGCCCCUGCGACUUCCGCUACUUCCGCGUGAGGAGCAACACCCCCGAAUCCCUGGGCAACACCCCUCCCAUCCAGGAGGAGCACUGCCUGAGCGACUACAUGGCUAUGGACAGGUUCAGCGGCUCGCACCCUGACGUGGGAGCCAAUGAGGAGAAGCCCUCGUACUGCCAGGCGUUCCCCUCUCGGCCAGCAGGGGGCAGCAGCCUGGCUGCGGUGCAGCAGAAGAUGACCCAGACUGCUUCUUUGGAUGAGGGCGUUGCGGAGGCCGGCUCUGCCCUCUCGUCCUCCUCGAGGCCGGGCUGCGGGUCAUACUCCGACGCGUACUGCCAGGCGGAGCUCCCUGCCGUCUCCCAGAACCACCGCGGCCCUGCCAAGGACGACGGCUACAUGCCCAUGAUGCCAGGGGUGGUGCCUUCACGGGAAGCCGAUUACAUGCCCAUGCUGCCGUCCUCCUCCUCCUCCCCCGCCCGUCCCGGCGGGCAUCCCCCUCAGUCGGACUCCCCGGGCUACAUGAUGAUGCUGCCCCCCGGCCGUGCCUCCCCAGCGUGGAGCAGCCCCCGGGAGGGCAGGACCCUGCCCGAAAGCGACGAGUACAUGGACAUGUCGCGCGGCGGUCCGGCCGACAGCCCCGGCUCCCCCAGCGCAUACUUCUCCCUCCCGCGCUCUUACAGGGCCCCGGUGCGCCAGGGUGCACAGCUCCCCGCGAGCUCCCCAGCCCCGCCCUCGCUUCCGCAAGACUCGCCUGUGCAGCGCCCCACGCGCCUCUCUCUGGGCGGGCAGGGGGGCGAAGCAGCACCCGAACCCCCGCCCGAGCCCCCCUCCAGCCCGGGCGAGUACAUCAACAUUGAGUAUCGAGCCCGGCCCUCAAAUGCACCUCGCGCCCCGCCCACAGAGGCUCCGCCUUCUCCGAGCCCCCACCGCCGCUCGCCCCUGCAGGAGGACUACCUGAGCCUGGACACCAAGGCUCGCGCCCCCCGCCUUUCCCUCGUCGCCCCAUGGAACCCCCCCAGCUACACCCGUCCCAUCGCAUGCACCCCAGCCCUUGGUAGCAGCGGGCGGGCAGAGUGCUGUGAAGAGGCGGACGGGUCAGACAGCGCCCCCCAGGCCGAGCCGAAGUUGGUGCGCGCCACUCCUCAGGGCAGGAGGAGACACAGAUCCGAGACCUUCACUUCCUCUGUGGGUGGAGCCAGCCCCCCAGCCCCGCCCCUGAACCCCGCCCCCUCCACCACGCCAGACGCCGCCAGCCCCCGCCAGGCAGAGGGCGCCAGGUGGCGCAGCUCCGCCUCCUUCGACAGUGUCUGGCUGCGCAUGGAGGGCGUGGCCUCCCCCAGUGACCCCGACGGGGCCUGUGGCACGGAAAGCCGAAACGGCCUCAACUACAUCGCCCUGGACCUGCGGGACACCCCCACUCCGGACCCCCCUUCGCCAUCUGUGCUCGCCCCCCCGGAGAACGGGGUGUACGCCAGCAUAGACUUCUCCAGGUCCGAUCACCUGACCACGGCGACCUCCAAAGGUAAACCUGGGGGCUUACAGCAGACCAUCAGCUGCUGCCCCUGUCCUGCCCUGACCCUCAACCUUUGACCCCUAACCUCUGACCCAGCAUCACUUGAGCCCUGUGUCCAGCAAAUGAAUAUGGUGGACACUGCUGUGCAGGAAAUAGGCUGUUCGCUUGGGGUCCCAACUAACUCAUGCAAGAAAUUGAAACAUGCACAAAUCUUAGUCCUGACCACAGAGUAAAACCUGUGGCAACUUAAAGGGAUAUUUCACAUUUUUAUAACAUAAUUCAGUUUGUGGAGCCUACCAAUUGUAUUUGCAUAGCAUGAAUACUAGCAACAUCCGCUGAAUUCAGCUAUUCUUCAAAUUAAUAUUUUUAAAGCACAAACUAACAUGGAGGAUAAUAGUUCCAUGAAAGAGAGCUCUAGCAUCAAGAGUUUUCUGUUUGUUUUGAUAUUUUAUGUAUUUUCAUUGUUUUAUUACCUUAUAAAAGAAACAGUUCCAGCAACAAAGUUUUAUUUUACCAAAAUCCUGCACAUGAUAUUCACUUGAGCACAUGCUAUUUUUUCUACAGUCUGUGAUUAAAAUGCCUCAAACUACUUGCUGUAUUUCUGCACUGUUGUCGGUCUGAAUAUAGUUCCUCACUUUAUAGCUAACCUAAACCUGAAAACAGCUUACGAACAAAAAGUAAAAUAAAAUAUUGCAUCGAUCUAAUAUCCUCAGUAAUUACUUUGUGCUUUAAAACUAUUAAUUUUGGUGAGGUCCAAAAAAUGAAUGGGCAUGAAUUGGGAGCCUGACACCCAGGAGGAACGACAAUGCUGACAACGGUCAACAGAAGCAUCUGAUAUUACUAGUAUUCAUGCAUUGUAAAUACAAUGGGAUAGGUUCUACAAAAUUGCUUGUUAUGAAAGUGUGAAAUAUCCCUUUAAAGGUGGUUAAUCCCUGUAAUAAAGUGAGGAGAGCAUGACUAUAAUGGUUUGCAAGAAUAAAAAACUGCCAACUGUUGAUUGCUAUCCUUGUUUGACUGGCGUUUCCAUUAAGACCAUACAGUGGUAAUAUGAAACACAUAAGGCCUCACAAUAUGAAAGCAGAGCCACCCUUGUAGUUCACAUUAUUUACAUGCCCAUCCAGGUAUAAUUAAUUGGAUGCUUAUUAUUAUUAGCAACACCUGCUCAUGCAUACUUCGCUAAUAUCGUUUCCAGUUUGAACAUGACCCAACAUUGGAGUUCCAACUUGGAUUCAAGCUUGCAGCAUUCAGGUUUUGGGUUCCAUACCCACAGGGAUUUUAUGAAUGGCAUGGAAUGAGUACAUUGCAUUGGUGGGAUGGGUUUGGAAUUCAGGUUAUUUUAUAUACAUAUUGUGGAAUAAAGAGAAAAUAUGGGUGUAAGGAGCAGUUAAAAAUGUGAGCUGUCUCUCUAAAGGCAUCCUGUGUACUGAGUACUCUGUUGUUAUCAGGUCAGUCAAAUUGCAUCUGAACAUCUGUGCAUCACCCUAGAGCCCCACAAUGCAUUGCGGUUGCAGGAAGUGAGAGAUGUGACUUGUGUGAAUGCUGUAAAUUUCCUAGACCUAAGCCAGGCCCAUUCUACACCUCCCUGGACAGGCAUGUUAGGACGGGAAGAUGGACAGCACCACAUAGCCAGAUGAAAUCCCUCCUGUCUGCUGACAUUUCCUCUGAAAGCCUGCUUUACUGGAAAUAGUUAUUCAGAUUUAAUCUCUCAGCUUUGCAGCAGCCAGAGGUUAUGGAAUUCCGCCGUUUUACUGGACUUAAGAAGUAGUGAUAAAAUCUGACAAUUCAUUGUAAUUCUGAUUUGCAUAUUGCGCUUUUGGCAUUAGUGCUCAUGUUGGCAGUUUUGACCAUAUGCAGUGUAGACUACAGUAAAAACAGGUUUUCUACUGUAGUGAU